ACGGCAAUACGUGCCACUGUUUUUCACUCGCUGUCUUCAUUUCUUGCCCGUUGACUUAUCUGAUAUUCAUCAGAAACCCCUUUCACCAAGAAGCAUUCUGUGACUGUGCAAAACAUGUCAAAACGCAGAGCGUCUCCUAGUUUCGAGGAUGGCAGAAGCACCAGACACAAACGCUCUUCCGAGAUGACAGAAGCCCUGUUCAAACAAACUUACGACGCUGAGCUGGGGCCUAGGGCGCUAGAACGCCUGAGGCCUCAUUGCCCAUUUCCAAACGAUUUAUGGCUGCAGCGUCCCGACUCACUUUUAAUUCCCAUUCUCAUGGACCACUUUGUAGCCAAAUCAUACGUGCUACAGCCGCUGCAUGUGGAGGCGCCACGCCACCUGCAGUUCUGGGAGAUUCUGAAGAACCUGCUGGCAUUGCAAGUGGGCGAUGGUGUUAAGAGGAGGGUCUGCGUGCUUUCGGGUGCCCCGGAGGGCGAGCUGGAGGGCGACGAGGAGGAGGGCGAGGAGGAGGGCGAGCAGGAGGGCGAGCCGGACACAGCGGAGGACACGCCGGCCGCGGCUGCCUCGCACACCAUCCAGGGGUACGAGGCAGCUCUGACUGGCGGGGCGGUCGGCGGCAGAUCGGAGUAUGUACUCGUGCAUGCUCCUGGCAACACCGCGCUACCCAUUGAGGAGGGCCUUGAAUCCGUCGGUUUGUCAGACGGCUUAACUCCUUUGCUCGUGGCCGAGGUGAAGGCGAAAGCAGUCUUUAGACAGCAUAUCUGGCAGCCGCUAGCAUGCGCGCUCGAGCUGAUGAAGAAGGUCCCCUCCCAGCCGGAGAUGUGGGUAAUCCUGACGGACAUCGAGACUUGGGACUUCGUACGCGUAACGCGACUGCGGUGCACCAAGGCGACUGCUGCCGCGGUCCACGGCGCGGCAUCAGGAAACGCGGCAGCAGCAGGGGGCGCGGCGGCGGUGGCGGCCACGGCGGCAUUAGGAAACGCGGCGGCAGCAGCGGGCGCGGCGGCGGUGGCGGCCACGGAGGCAGUAGGAAACGCGGCGCCAGCAGCAGGCGCGGCUGCGGCUGCGGCCACGGCGGCAUUAGGAAAUGCGGCGGCAGCAGCGGGCGCGGCGGCGGUGGCGGCGGUGGCAGCAUUGAAAAACGCGGCGGCAGCAGCGCGCGCGCCGACAGCAACGGCAACUGCGGCGGCGGCGGGCGGGGCGGCGGCGGCGUUGGGAUCACGAUACUCGUUCAAGCGGAUGGACACCAUUCACAUCAGCCUCGACCAACCAAGUGACAGCUACCUGCAGCUGCUGGCGGUGCUGCACCACAUCAUCUACACCAAGGAGGAGCUUGCAGACUUGCCGGGCCGUAUGGAGAAGAGCCGAGGCGCACUGCAGACCCGGGCGGAGCAGUGGGUGCGUGACGCGGAGGAACGGCGGAAGGCGGCAGUGGCCAAGGAGAUGGUGAAAGCGGAGGCCAAAGUGAAGGCGGCCAAGGCAGAUGCGGAGGUGGCCAAGGCAAAUGCGGCCAAGGCCAAGGCAAAUGCGGAGACGGCCAAGGCAAAUGCGGCCAAGGCAAAUGCGGAGGCGGCCAAGGCCAAGGCAAAUGCGGCCAAGGCCAAGGCAAAUGCGGAGACGGCCGCGGCCAAGGCAGAUGCGGAGGCGGUCAAGAGAGCGCUUGCGGCGGCCCAAGACCAAAUACAGCAGUUGGAGGCGGCCAUUGAAGCACUGAAGGGUGCACGUGCAGGUGGAGGCCAACAAGGGGCCGCUGGCAGUGUGUCGUAAGGGCGACCUGUGGGCCUGUUUGGGCGUAGUGGGUAUAGGAGCUGAGCGCCGGCAUCGCGGUGACUUCUGCAGCAGCAGAUGUAUGAUGCUGCCAUCCGCGUGCCGCCCUCAUAUGGGGGGAGUGGGGCGCUCCAUCAGGCGAGGCCAGCGCUAGCGCCAGGCAAUGCUGGCCGGGGGGAACAGGCAGCAAGUAGGGGUUGUAGGGUCAUGUGUACGUAUCCCUGCAACGUGUGCUAAGAAACCAGAAAGGGAACGAAGCGCUCGAUCCGAGGUACCGCGAUGCCGAACCUGGACAUGGGGGAUGUUCAGGAAGGGCUGCCAGGCUCUUCAAUGUUCACACGGGGCGGCAUGGAACAAGGGAACGAGGUGGUAGUACCAGAGGCUAGACAUAUGGCAGCAUCUUGCCCAGGUAGUGGGCUCCAACAGAGGAGCUAGUACGGCAACAAGUAGAAUGUGUGGCCGACAGCUGAGUUAGUGUGUGACAAACCUCACCUUGCCACUUAGAGAAUUUGACAGGGUGUUGUGUUUUUGGGAUGUUUGGGGCGUUGGGGUCUACGAAUGUGUAGUAGCAAUGUGCAAGAUGGCAGAUGACGGAAUGUCGUUAGUACGAGAGAGGACAACCCGAGCGUGCAAGCACGCAGGGGCCAUCGAAUGCUUCCUGGACGAACUUAAGCCAGGGUACUCCCGCCCCUGACCGGAAACACCUAC